AGCGAGAGAUCUGCGGCUAGCUGGCUGCACUUGCUCCACGGGUCAGGGGAUCAGAGGGGCAGCUUGGAAGGAUGAGUUCAUGCAGCAACAUCUGCGCGUCCAAGCAGGCACACUCAACAGCUGAGGGUGGGUACCCGCACUACGGCGUCCGAUCCUACCUGCACCAGUUUUAUGAAGAUUGUACCACCUCAAUCUGGGAGUAUGAGGACGAUUUCCAAAUCCAGAGAUCGCCUAACAGGUGGAGCUCGGUAUUCUGGAAGGUCGGACUCAUCUCGGGCACGGUGUUCGUGAUCCUUGGAUUGACUGUUCUGGCCGUGGGCUUCCUGGUGCCCCCCAAAAUCGAAGCCGUUGGUGAAGCUGAUUUUGUGGUGGUGGACACACACGCUGUCCAAUUCAACGGCGCCCUCGAUACCUGCAAGCUGGCGGGCGCGGUGCUCUUCUGCAUUGGGGGCACCGCCAUGGCGGGGUGCCUGCUCAUGUCGAUGUUUGUCAAAAGCUACUCGAAAGAAGAGAAACGCCUCCAGCAACAGUUUAAAGAGCGCAUAGCAGACAUCAAGGCCCACGCCCAGCCCAUCACCAAGGCUCCGGGCCCAGGGGAAACCAAGAUUCCGGUCACCUUGACCAGGGUUCAAAAUGUGCAGCCUACAUCGGCAACCUGAACCAGUUUCCACCCUCACUCGUCCCCACUGUCGUUUAGGCCCAUGGUUAGGUGGGAGAUGGCCAGGUUUUGAGAUGCCUUGGGAUUUGGUGUUUGCUCACUCCUGAGCUGUGUUCUGCUGAGUGAGACAACGGGGAGCAAGCUUAGCUUCACUCAGUUCAGGGCCCCUUUUGAAGGUGAAGUAAGAUGUCUUGAGUCUAUCCCUGCAGACGUUCAACUGCUUCAAACAGGUGCUCCUAUGUAUGUACCAGGAGCCCUUCUGACACGUCCCUCCCAUCUAUGGCGACCUUGUGUUGUGUUCUGUGUUAUUUGAAAGUGCUCAGCCAUUUACACCAGCCUUACUAAUGGCAAAUGCGCUCUUUUUUUUUUUUUUUUAAGAUUGUUUUCCCUGAUAUGUCCUGCUUGGUGCUGUCUUCCACUCCUGUCUUAUUAUAUGUAAGAGAUGGUGUCAUAUGUGUGCAUAGAAAAUUGAAGUUUCCUAAUUCUGACCCAAACACUAGCCUUUGAAUUCUAUCUUGAUAUGGAGUGCCCCAGAUGACAUACAGAGUUCUCCACAAAUCUUUUCAUUUUCUUUGGUUGUCUUUGUUUCACAUUAAAAACAACAAUAAUAACAAUGACAGAAAACUCACAUCGCCAACCCUAGAUUCUUGAAGAAAAGAAGAAGAAAAAAUGUAUCCAUGUGUUUAGUGUCCGGAAGCACUGACAGAAAAGGGAGGAAAUCGAAGUUCCUAAUAUAAUUAGCUGCAUGACCCUGGCACGACCAUUGAAUAUCAUCCCUGGACCUCAGUUUCUCCAUCAGUAAAAUGAGGGUUCCAGGCUCUGAUGGCUGAGGAACCUCUAUGCCCAAGCCUCCGAGAUCGUGUUUAUUCUAUGUGCCAUCUUGUCCCUUCCCCAAGAUGUUCCCCACAGCGAUCCUUUCAGACCCAGACUCCCAGAAAGAUACCAAGUCAGCAGCUUUUAACGCUCUGCACCCGGACAUAGCGCACCAAAAGCAGUCUAUAAAAUGCUGUCAUAAUUUUAUAACGACGAAAGUAAACCAUCUGAGAUAAGAAAUUCCUGGGUAGAUAUUAACCUUAACAGGGGUUUCCUUUCACAAAUAAGAAGUCUUAAUCUCCAUCAAGAAACUCCUCUCCUCUCCACUCUUGUAUUUAAUCUGUGGGUUAAAAGCAGGCUGAGGAAAGUAGAAGGUGUGACCUUGGCAUUCUCUCCGAACAUGUGCCCCUUUCUAGUUCUGUCUCUCUUGUUUCUUCACUGGAUAAAUAAAAUAUGUGAACGAGCAGAA